AUGGCACGUGAAUUUCAGGUGCGCUGCUCGAAGCUGUUGUACAAAAAUGUGGAAACGUUCGACUUCGACAACGAAAUAGAUGGGCAGCCCGGAGACCAGGGGAAAUCCCGAGCCAAUCGGACCCAGGAAAGGAUUAAUUUGACCGUGCCAGGCACCAAGUGGUGCGGACCUGGCAACACGGCCAGCGACUACGAAGAUUUGGGCUCCAACUCGGAGGUAGACAAGUGCUGCCGUGAUCACGAUCACUGCGACAACAUACCGGCCGGUGAAACGAAAUAUGGCCUUAAAAACAACGAUUACUUCACAAGAUUACAUUGCAAGUGCGAUCGCGACUUUCAGAGCUGCCUGCACAAGGUUAACACAACGUUUUCCAACAAACUUGGGAACUUUUACUUUACCGUGCGCGAUCAGUGCUACAAGAAGCAACACCCGAUAGUGGACUGUGCCGAACAUACGAACAAAAUUUUUCUCCGACGAUGUGUCCGGUACGUUCUGGACACUUCACGCAGCGAUACCUGGCAGUGGUUCGAUCUUCCGUUCUACGACGGUAACAUGUUCGAUGGCUUUUAG